AUGGAACAAAUUGGAAGAAAUAAGACAAAGUACACUUCACCACAUACAUCUACGUGGUCUACUAAACAAACUACUGAUGCUAGAAUUCCACCUGAUGCAUAUUGGAAAUAUACACAAAGAAAUAAUCAAGACAUAAUUGAUAAAAACACUAGACGCCAUCAGAAUCCCAUAUCAGAACCAACGGUGAGCUAUUAUUCCUCUGCAAAUUCCUACAAGACUCUUAAACAAAAUACUUAUCCACGUUCGAUGCAUUUGAAAUAUCCCUCUACUGUUACGGAAGCACCGCAGCGAUAUCAACAAACGACAACAAAAUCUGGUAGAAAAGAGUAUGCUAACAACGUUGCUGUGGUAGACAAAGAUCGAUAUAAAAAUCGGCAGGAAGAUGAGAGCAAUGUAGAAUACAUUGACGAAGAAGUAGGAAAUUUUACGGAAGAUAAUGUAGAAGAUGAUGGUGAAGAGGAAGCAGAAAACGAUCAAGAAAGGAUUGGUGAGUCUCACGAUAAGGAGUACGAUGAACAGGAAGCAGAUGAUGAGAUAGAUGAAGAAUCUGAUGUAGCUGCUGAACCACACGCGAUGCAACGAAAUGUAGUUAAGAAAGAUGUUCCGCUGCGAGCACAGCAACGAAUGGAUAUCAACCAACAACAAAAUCCGCAUAGAAUUCGUUACUCUCAAUAUUCGCCAAAAUUAUAUCAAGCUCAUCCUUUAUCAACAAGGUAUUAUCGCAACAUGCCUGAUCGCGAUAUCCAUGAAGCGUUGUCGGAGGAAGAUCUAUAUACAGCUCAAGCGUUGAAAAAUCCUCCUCGAAGAUCAUCAGCGGGCUAUCAUCAAAAUUGGAUUCCGCAGAGGAAUUUAACCGAUCGAUAUGAAACAAUGAUCUCGCCAAGCCGCCGAGCACAGACGAGACCAGAAUUAAAAUCUUUCACGGAAGCAGAAAUUGUUGAUAGAAGAAAAUGUAGCCGUUGCGGUAAUGUCUCGAUUAGAAAGCCGUCAACCCCCAAAAGGAAUUGUAGAUUCCAAGAUAAUCCUAAUUUCUCGACUCGAAGGCAUUUUGGCGAUGAUGCUGAGAUUCUCGAUCAAUCUUGGUGCGGGUAUUGUAAGCCGAAAUAUCACGUUGUAGAAAACAUGGGAUCUUGUGAAAUUCCAUCACCGGUUUUGUAUUCGAAAACACGACGCUCCAGGGACUCUAAUAUACCAAUGUAUGAAACGUUGGAAGGAAAACAUCCGAUGGAUGAGCUGUCGCAUAAAUUCGCACGGAUAUCAUCUAAAUAUACCAAAGAUACACCAAAUAUUUUACGCGAUAGGACCAGACACCCUGCGCAGACAGCACAGGGUGCAACAAGAAUGUCCGUUCAUUAUGAUGCUUGA